ACUGCGACUAGACAUGAUAUCUGCGUAUUCUGCUGACAAUGCUAGUGUGAAUUACGGGAGAUACAACUCUGUCUUCCAGAAACUGAAAGAGAACAACAAUUGCCUUUUGAAGGCAAACUGUGUGGCCCACAUUGUUCACAACAGUGCAAAACACGCAGGAGAUCGGCUAAAUAUCGACAUUGAAAAUGUCGUCAACAAGACCUUUAGCCACUUCUCCUCAUCUGCCAAACGCACUGAGGAACUUAAGUCAAUUCACACCUUUGUGGAGAUAGAGUACCAGCCCCUGCUUAGAAAUGUGCCCACAAGAUGGCUGAGCUUGUGGCCUGCAGUGAAGAGGCUUCACGACAGCUGGGCUCCUAUCAAGACCUACUUUCUCUCAUUGGGAGAGGACGGGUGCCCAAAGUCACUAUGGCGGCUGUUCAAGGAUGACCAGGAUGGUGAGGGCAACCCCCUUGAUCUACAGGUUUACCUGUCCUUCCUCAGCAAUGCGCUGAAGAUUUUCCACGACACUGUGCUGGCGCUGGAGCAAGAGGAUGGGACUGUCUGUGAGCUCUACAAUACGAUGUUCACCCUAAAAACCAAUCUACAGCUACGACAGAGUGAUGGUUUCUUUGGGGCCCAGACGGAUGUACUCCUCUAGCAGUUUCGAGACAGACAGGCCGCUGUGCUCAGAGAGGACAUG